AUGACUGGCAUGACCCUGAAGCCCAUCAUAAUUGAUGGACAGGGCCAUCUACUAGGUCGACUUGCUGCCAUAGUGGCGAAGCACCUUUUGAAUGGUCAGAAGAUCGUCGUCGUGAGCUGCGAAAGGAUUAACAUAUCGGGGAACUUUUUCAGAAAUAAGCUGAAAUAUCUGGCCUUCCUUCGGAAGCGUUGCAAUGUGAAUCCUGCCCGUGGCCCGUUUCAUUUCCGAGCGCCUAGCAUGAUCUUCUGGCGAACUGUCCGUGGCAUGAUCCCGCACAAGACAUCUCGCGGUAAGUUGGCGCUGAAACGCUUGAUGGCCGUUGAAGGAAUCCCUCCAAAGUAUUCGAAGCUGAAGCGCGUCCGUUGUCCGAACGCCAUGCGUGUUGUUCGUCUGCGUAAGGGCCGCAAGUGGUGUUACCUUGGACGUCUGAGCCAUGAAGUCGGCUGGAAGUACCAGCAAGUCAUCCGGUCUCUUGAAAUCAAGAGACGUAUGAAGGGUUCGCUGUACGCCAAGGAGGAUCGCUUCAAACACAAGGCGAUGUUGUUGGCGAGGAAGAAGAUUGCUCACGCGCUUGCUCCUCAUCAGAAGAUCAUCCGCUCGUACGGCUGCAAGUGA